CUGAUCCAAGUUACAAACGUGAAGCCCAUGCUAACAUGUUUUGGAUAUAGUAAUUUGUUUCCACUUGACUAAGCAAUCAGGGUUUUCCUAUGACCGGUGGAGGAUCCGGUAGCCAAGAAGUCGCAGCAGUCAGGAUGGUUGCGCGGCCACGCGAGCUCCUCAAGGAGCUUCGCGAGGGUCCUGAUACUGUGAAGGCGCUUAAGGCAAUCAAGAACCAAGUAAUCGGUAGUAAGGCAAAAAAGGCAGCUUUUAUAAGCGAAGGCGCUGUUCAACAGGUUGUUGAGGUCCUAAAGGACUGCAGCAAGCGUGGAGGCUCGGCCGUUCGACCGGAGCUUGUGCAGCAGCAAGCUGCCGUUGUCAUCGGCAGCCUGGCCUAUGGCACGCCAGCGGCUCUGCGUGAGCUGGCUGCACACGGUGUCGUGCCGUACCUCGUGGAAAUGCUUCACAGCAGCGACGAGGCCGUGGUGGAGGCCGGUCUGCGGGCCAUCAAGUUGAUAAUGCACCAGUCCACGCCGCCCUCAAUCUUCGCGACACCCGAACCAGUCUGCUCCAGCUCCGCCUGCCCCCCUACUACCACCGCGCCAACCGCUGCCAUCCCAACCUCCGCAGCUCCCUGUGAGGCGGUGCGGCUGGACGCUGCUGCCAUGGCCGCCGUGGUGCGCUGCCUGCGCAGCUCUGCUGCAAGCACCGGAGGCAGCGGCGGGGACAUUGCAUCUGGCGCUGGCGGUACGGGCCUCGGGCCAUCUGAUGGAGGCAGCGGAGAGGCAGCAGCGGCGAUGGAGGGGGCGAAGCAGGCGGAAGCGGCGGACGCACCAGCUGCUGCGGUUAUGCACGGCACAGCGCCGCAGGGGCUGUGCGGCUCUCAGCGCAGGAGACAGAUGGCAGCAAUGGCAGCUGCGGUGGUGGCGUGCUGCUGCCGGAGGGAGGAGGAGCGCUGUGUAGCCAUCGCUGCGGGCGCACCCGGGGGGCUGCUGCAGCUGCUGCUGGAGAGCGAGCGACCGGACGCGCAGGUAUCCGCGCUGGAGGGUCUGUCCCUCAUGCUGCCCCACCACCCGCCCGCCUGCGAGGCGGCGCUGGCUUGUCCCGGGGUGUACGGCAGGUUGUUGACGCUGUUGCGGGAUUCGGAACCCGCCGUACGAUUGCUGGCAGCGGGCUGCAUUGCCACGCUGAGCCGCGUGCCGGGAUGCACGCAAUCCGAGGCCAUGCAACGAGCCGCGCUACCCGUGCUGCUGCGCCUGCUGGCUCAGCCCGCAACCCGGCCGCACGUGCCUGCCGUACUCGCCACCCUCAUCGAAACCAGCGAGCCCCUACAGAAGGCCGCAGCGGACGCUGACACUGUGAAGCUGCUUGCCGGGCUCCUCGCUAGCGACCCGGCAACAACGGGCGCAGCACCAACCGCUGCUACAGCCGCUGCUGCCGCUUCCCCCUCCCUGCCGCCGUCCACCGCCGUUGCACCCGUGUGCCCCUCUUGUCCCUCCUCGUCCUCCACGGGUGCUGCUGCGGCCGCUACGGCAGCAUGCGGGCACCGUCCGUCUCCUGCCUCGUUCUCCGCUGCCGCUGCUGUGGGCGCAUCGUGUGUGCGCGAGGGUUGCUUGCGGGCGCUGGGCAGCCUGUGUCUUAACCGAGAUGACAGCCGCAAGCAGCUGCUGGAGGCCAAGGUUCUCCGCCACGUCGUGCGCUGCCUGGCGGACCCCAGCGAGGGCGUGCGGGCGGCCGCAGCCCAGCUGGUGCGCGCGCUGUCACGAUGUGUGCGCAGCCUGCGGGGCGGGCUGCUGGAGGCGGCGGGCGGCAGCGGGGCGGCAGCAGGCGGCGGCGGCGGGAGCGGGGAGCUUGCGCCGCUGCUGGUGGGGCUGCUGGAGGACAGGAGCGUGGAGGUCAGGUCCGCCGCCGCCGCCGCGCUGUGCAACCUGGUGCUGGACUUCUCAUCCGCCAAGGCCUCCGUGCUGGCGGCGGGGGGCCUGCCGCGGCUGGUGGCACUCACCGCCCCGCACCGUCCCGACAUCCCGCCGCGGCUGCGGCUGCAUGCGCUGUGGGCGCUCGCCAACCUGACCUUCCGGGCGGACGCAGGCGUGCGGGCGGCGGUGAUGCAGUCCCUCCCCUUCUCCCGGCUACGUCAGCUGCUGUCCGAAUCACCCUCUGCAGCGGCUGCAACGGCAGCAGCGAACGAGGAGGAGGAGUCGGGUCUCUCCGAGCAGGCCAUGGUGCUGCUUCGUAACCUCUGCAUGGGGUCGUCGGGAGUGGGGCCAGGGGCGGGAGGCGGGAGUGCCCCGUCGCGCGGGGGCCACUUUCACGCCAGCAGCAGCAGCACCUGUACCGGACUAGCAGCUGUUCUGGAGUGGUCUGGGUACCGAAGCAGCCCACGCGGCACUCAAGCACUGCAGCAGCAGCAGGCGGUGCAGCAGGAGGUGGCCGAGGGCGAAUGGGAGGGGGAGGGCUUGCUGGCUGUGCUUCGGGAGCAGGUUGAGGCGGCGGUACGGGAGGCGGGUCUGCAGGGCGCAGCAGCGGAGGGCGGCUCCUCCGCCCCCUCCCCAGCGCCAAUCGCGCUGCCGCCCCGCCUAGUCCAGCUGGCCGCGCACGCGCUGUUCUGCACCGCCAACCUGCUCACCGGGGGAGCAGCCACCAAGCACGCAGUGGCGGCGUGCGACGGCCUCCUGCGGGCGGUGGUGGCGCUGCUCAGGCCGCAGGUUCCGGAGCAGCUGGCCCUCCCCGCCGUCUGGUGCGCCAUCAAUUUCACAUGGCCGGCGGUGGGAGGCAGUAACAGCAGCAGCGCUGGAGGUGCGGCGGCGGCGGAGACGGAGGCGGUACAAGCCAGGUGCCGUACGCUACAGGUGCUGGGCGCGGCGGAUCUGCUGGCGGAGCUGCAUCGCUGCCACCCCUCGCGGGACGUGCAGGAGCGAGCCAGGACGGCGCUGGAGCAGCUCAGGAAGGGGGCAGGGGGCGCGGAGGCCGCGGAUGCGGUGAAUUAGCAGGGGAGGGGUCGCUUGCAUGCUGAUGGGUUGAGCUGGCUAGGUUUGGGAUACGUUUCGCGGAUACGUGUGACAACAGGUUUCAUGCGUCCAGAGUGGGUCGUGGAAUGUGUCGACAGCGUCAAUUAAUUGUCCUCCGAGUCGCUUUACCAGUAGUCGACUUUGUGGAAUGGUGAAGGCGUACGGUACAUAUAUGAUGUACGGAAGCCUGUAGUACAUGGACAAGGGGGCGAUGGGCGAAUCGCGAAGUGUAGUACAACACGCUUGAAGGGGCCGUACCAGAUCGGCAACGGGC